CCCGCCCCGGGCCGAGCCGCGGAGUUGGCUGCUGGGCGGAGUGGCUGGGUGUGGUCGGUGGCUCUGGGCUUGGCGGUGCGCUGUGCUCUGCACGCCGGCUCCGCGCUCGAGGGCCAGCAGAGCGCAGAAAGGACCCGGCCAGCGCCAGGGCGACGCGGGCCGAAGCUCCCUCCAGUUACUUUUACUUGGUAAUUACUGAGGUAAACAGAUUCAAAGGAUGAGUGAACUGGAACAAUUGAGGCAGGAAGCAGAACAACUGCGGAAUCAGAUCCAGGAUGCCAGGAAAGCAUGUAAUGAUGCAACGCUUGUUCAGAUCACAUCAAAUAUGGACUCCGUGGGUCGAAUACAAAUGCGAACAAGACGUACGCUGAGAGGCCACCUAGCUAAAAUCUAUGCUAUGCAUUGGGGAUAUGAUUCAAGGCUACUAGUAAGUGCUUCCCAAGAUGGAAAAUUAAUUAUUUGGGAUAGCUAUACAACAAAUAAGAUGCACGCUAUUCCUUUGAGAUCCUCUUGGGUGAUGACCUGUGCUUAUGCCCCGUCUGGUAAUUAUGUUGCUUGUGGAGGUCUGGACAACAUCUGCUCUAUAUAUAACUUAAAAACCAGAGAGGGAAAUGUGAGAGUGAGCCGAGAGUUGCCAGGUCACACAGGCUACUUGUCCUGCUGUCGAUUUUUAGAUGACAGCCAGAUUGUUACAAGUUCAGGAGAUACAACUUGUGCUUUAUGGGACAUAGAAACUGCCCAGCAGACCACCACAUUCACUGGGCACUCUGGAGAUGUCAUGAGUCUUUCUCUGAGUCCUGACAUGCGUACUUUUGUUUCUGGUGCUUGUGAUGCCUCUUCCAAAUUAUGGGAUAUUCGAGAUGGAAUGUGUAGACAGUCUUUCACAGGACACGUCUCAGAUAUUAAUGCUGUCAGUUUUUUUCCAAACGGAUAUGCCUUUGCCACUGGCUCUGAUGAUGCUACUUGCCGGCUCUUUGACCUCCGAGCAGACCAAGAGUUGUUGUUGUAUUCUCAUGACAAUAUAAUCUGUGGAAUCACUUCUGUGGCUUUCUCAAAAAGUGGGCGCCUCCUGCUGGCUGGUUAUGAUGACUUUAAUUGUAAUGUAUGGGACACGCUGAAAGGAGAUCGUGCAGGUGUCCUCGCUGGUCAUGACAACCGUGUCAGCUGUUUAGGUGUGACAGAUGAUGGCAUGGCUGUGGCAACAGGAUCUUGGGACAGUUUUCUUAGAAUCUGGAAUUAACAGUGUCAUACAUAUUUUCUGUUCUCCAUUAAUAAUCUGGAGAAAUCAAUACUACAGCCUAUAGCUGUGAAAAAAAUCUACCUUUUAUUUGCAGGUGAAGAUUUUUCUAUUCAGUUAUUAUAUACAAAAGCAGCUUUUGGGAAAUUACAAAAAAAAAUGGGGGAAACAAACAAGGCAAGGUACCUGUGAAAAUCAGAAGGACCAAGUGUAUUAAUUUGAGAGUUGGGUGAAUUUAACAUUGAGGAAUUUUUGCUCGUACUGAGUUUAAUUAUUUCUUUAUGUAGAAUAGAAUGUACACUUUAUAGCAGCUGGUCAUUGUGUUUGCAUUUUGUUAAGAACUACAUUUUAAACUUUUUAUACAUAAGAAAUGUCACGUUUUUGAGUUUUGUAAUGGAAGGCACAAUAAUAGAUGGAAGUGAUACUGUACGUGUGUGCUGUUUGAGGGAAGUCCCCUUGAAUCCUGAAUUGCUUUUUAAUCUGAAAGGGAUACUGAUUGCUUACUAAGAGCAUGGGUAGAUAAGGGGAAUCAUUAGUGCAUUCUUUGCCAUGAUGUCAGUCUAAAUAAGUGCUCACUUUAUAAUGGCCAGAGAUAGAGAUUUCACUCUGACAUUUUGGACAUCUCUAAGAAACUUCAUUAGAAUUUAUUAUAUUAGUAAAAAGUAUACUAGCAUAUAAAUAAUUCUUGGCAUUUUAAAAGACUGAUCAUGAUCAAUUGCCACUUUUGAGUAGCCCUUCCUCUUGAGUUGCACCUUCCUCUUGAUUUCAUAUUCUGGAUCUAAGUUGUAGGGUUUACUUAUAUUUCAGAAGUUUGAUAAACAUUUGGAUUGUCCCUGCAUCUGAAGACUCUGUCCUAGUAUUCUUUACUAAUAUACAUCUAGAUGAAAAAUUUAGUGUGACAACAUUAACAUUUUUCAGAGAAGUAUAAACUUCAACUAUUUGCUAGCACUGAUUUGUUAUGUAAUAAGGUGGCUUUAUGAAUUUUUUUAUGUAAUAUAAAAUCUUAUUUGAUAUAAACUACCUAUUCUCUCAAAUUCUUAAAAUGAAACAUUUAAGCUUUUUGCUCUCCUAUAGUAAUAUUCUCUCAAUCCCACAAAAUACUGGUUUCUAAGUGGUUUUGCUUCAAAGACUAUCUAUGUCUAAGUGAUUCUACUUGAAAGCAAAAUUUAAAAAAAAAUUCAAAGCAGCUUUUGCCUGAAAGUCAGAAAAAUAUACCACACAAUUCUUCUACUUGUCAAAAGUAUAAUAGGUCAGUUACUACAAUGUCCCUUCCACCAAUCUAAACAAUAAUACUUCACUUCUUUGAUUUUUCUCCUACAAGUAGAUCUAAAUGAUUGACAAUAGAAGAUUGUUAGUCUUGCUUGAUGCUUAAGUCAUGGGUUAUUCUGAUAUAUAGCAGUGCACUGUUGUUUUGUAACUUGGUAAACUGUUAAGUUAUUGUUCAGAUAUUUGUGUUUUCAGAUAGUUGUGUGUUAACUUUUGAUAACCUAUAACCCUAAUCUAAGUACACCCAAAUUGUACCUAUAAAUUUUCAUUUUUAUAUUAUGAAUGUGCUAAAAUGUGCAUUAACCGCAAUGAAAUCAGUGUCAGUUUUGUUUAUUAAGGCCAGUUGAUAAUAGAAAGAGAAUAAAAGGAUAAAGGCAAAUUAAGAUAAAGGACCAAAACAAUAUUAUAGAUGGCAGGUGUGAGUGUAUAUUUGUAUUUUAAUUAGUAUUACUGUCAACUUUUUGCUAUUAUUUGUGAACUAUUUAUAUCACUUCAUAAAGAGUAGCUCUUUGAGAUAAGCCACAUUUUAAAGGAACAUAUCCAUUUCCAAAAAAGGUAGUUCAUUCCAAAAUCCCAUUCAAGGAAGCACUUCUGUUAUAACCAUGUAUAUAUACACACAAACUUAUAUAGAUAUGUGUGUAUAUAGAUAUAUAUGUACAUAUGUAUGUAUGUUAUCUUCUGCUAAAAGUUAUUGUAACAAGAGACUUUAGUCAGAAAAACAUAAUACAUGCUAGAACCCUAUGGUCUUAACAUUUUUAAAUGACAUUUAUUUUAAUGUUACUGUUUGUGUAGAGAAUUUAAAGCAAUUCUCGUAUUAGACAACUGAAAACUGACCACAACUGAACACUUGUACAUAGGACCAGUUGGUGAAAAAGUAGUGUAAUUACAACAGUAACUACCUUAUGAAACCUUUAGCUUUCUAGUGCUAGGGGUUCCAGUUGCUAGAUCUGUUUAUUUGCAGUUUGAGUUCAGCUGAAUUUCUAAUUCUGUUUUUGUGCAUAAGACUUCCUAAAAUCAGAGUAUAUAAUUGCAGUUUGGAUCUUAAGUUUUUCAAGGUUUAAAAAUAUGGCCAGUUCAAUUUUAAAGAAUUUGCAUCAUCAGGAAUAUUGCAGCCAGGUGUGGUGGCACACACCUGAAACCCAGUGACUCAGGAGGCUGAGGCAGGAUGAUCCCAAGUUCAAAGUCAGCCUCAACAACUUAGUGAUACUCUUUCUCAAAUUAAAAAAAAAAAAAAAAGGCUGUAGACAUAGUUCAGUGGUUAAGGGUUCCUAGGUUCAAUUCCUGGCCCCCCUCUCAAAAAAAAAAAAAUUGCAGUUAUCUGGUACCUAUUAGUUUUUCUUCUUUACCUUUUUAAGCAACAUGUAAACAUAAUGUGCCUCAGCAGCAGGUUACAUGUAGACUCUUUAUAUCACAGAGUUGCUUUUUGAGAUCUUGGGGGAAUGGUCUGUUUGUUUUUACAAGAUAGAGUAGGGUUUCACUAUGUUGCCUCAAACUCCUGGGCUUCAAGGGAUCCUCCUCAGCUUCCUAAGUAGUAGGAACUACACACAUGCACAAUAUCCCUCUGGCAAGAAUAUUUUAAAGGAACAUGUUCUUUUCUAAAGCUCCAUAAUCACCAGGCAAAUCAUCCCAAAUCCUUGCUCAAGAAAGCAGUUCCUGUCAUCAGCAAGGAUAUUUCCUUCACUUUGGACAGGAUUCAUUUUUAGCCAGAUAUACUAUUUGACCAAAUAUUGAAGGUCCUCCCUAGCUCAAAAUUUAAGUUGUGAUACACCACAUUGAAUUCUAAAUUCAUAGAGGCAGAGGUAUGGGCUUAGUAUUUCGGUAGCUAGAGAACCUAGUAAGCAGUUCUCAAUUUAGACUUAGCUGAGCUGAUUAAUAUUGCAUGGUAGUAUAAGCUAUUUUCCCUGAGAUAAUAAAUGUAAAUGUUUCUGAAAUGUUGGAUUUUAACCUAUUAAACGUUCUUUUCUCCAGGUGACAGAUUGUUGGUUAAAAAGAAAAAAAAAAUGCUUUGCCAGGUUGGGGCUGUAUCAGUGGCAGAAUGCUUGCCUAGCAUAUGAGGUGCACCAGGUUCGAUCUUUAGCACCACAUAAAGGCAUUCUGUCCAUACAGAACUCAAAAAAAAAAAAAAAAAAAACUUAAAAAUGCUGUGCCAUUGCUAUAUAACUGAGCUCCAAUCCUGCUGGUCCAAGACAUUGUUUUAAAAUCGAAAAUGUUCAGGGAAAUUUAGGCAUUGAUGUGAAUGUCUCAAUUUUAAAUUAUAAUGCAAUAAGUGUUACUUAUUGUUGAUGAGUUUAACUUGGAAAAACUGAUUAAACAGUUCCCUAAAUGGGUUCCUUGUCAUUUUAGCAAUGAAUGUUCUUUCUAGAAUCUUUAGAACCUAAGUCAGGCUUAUAAUUAAGUACUAUGUUCAGCUUCACAUUUCCCUUUUGCCAUUGUGAGAAGUAAAAUUUUAAGUUGUUUCUUACCUCCCGUGAGAAUUUUUAAAAUCAUCCACAGGUGAGACCGUCUUUUUAAUGAGAAAAUGUAGUUCCAUAAAUAAAACUGGUACCUUAAAUUGGAUUAAGUAGAAUAUGAAAUAUACUUCAGAUUUACUAGUUUUUCUUCUGUUAUUCAUCUUGUGUUGGCUCAAAUUCAAUACUAUAUUUUAAAAUAUUGGUUAAAAUAGGUACACCUUAAAAAUAUUUUCUAGAAUGUCUACGCUAGCAUUGUUUUAAAUUUUAUCAGACUGAUGGUACCACCUUGUAUUUUAGCAAAUGUUUUACAUGUUGAGAAAACUUUCUUAAAAAGUCACUUUUCUUAAGUACAAUGACUGAUUUUGUAAAAUGUAUGAUAAUGCAGCAUUAAGGAAGAAAAAUGUGUUCGAACUCGUAUUAUAUGUACCCAACAAAAUAUUACAUCAUAUUUAUUUUUAAUUAACAUAACUUCAGUGAUAUACUGGUAGGAUAUUUCAAGCCUUUCUGUCUUUUACACAAUGGUGCUCUAUCCUAUUGUUUUCUUUCAAAGAAGCAUCUGAACAUUUGCAUUUUCUUAUCCAAAGGCAUCUAUGUCAAAGUGUGUCUUUAAAGUUGGUUAAAAUAAUUUGUUAAAGAAUUUUGAAAAUGUUUUUCUUCACCUAGAUGUAUCUACACACUUGUGGCCAAUUGACUAUGAAUGUCAGUAGUAUGUUUAAUUUUGGAAAAGGUAAACUUGCUAGAUUAAAGCCUCUUAUAAAAGCUUUAAACCAUACAACUGUGGACUUGUGACAUGAUUUAACAGUAUUCAUUGAUCUUUCUUACAGUGAUUUAUUCCUUUAUUUGUAUAGUUGCUUUGUGAAAUAAUGUGUUGUGAAUUGAUAUUGUAAUCAAUAAAGUGCUUUUAACCAGA